GCGCGGCCUCAGUAGUGCCUCUGCCGAGCUGACGGCGUGCUUCGAGGCGCCCAGGACCACCAGGACCCAUGCCCGCGUGCUCGCUGUGCUCGCUGUGCUCGCUGUGCGCGCUCGCGGCGGCAUGAUCGACAUCUCGCUGCUCAUCGACGAGGUGCAGAAGCGGCCCGCCCUCUGGGACCAGGCGCACCCGCACCGCCACAAUCGGGAGGUCCUCGAGGUGCUGUGGGAGGAGGUGGCCAAGGUGUUCGCCGCGCCGCCGGACGACCUGCGCAAGAAGUGGAAGGGGCUCCGUGACACGUUCCGCAAGGAGCUGAGGAAGUACCCCAAUGGCUUCGACCAGGACCUGUCCCAGGAGGAGUUCCCGCCCUGGGUCUUCUUCAAGCCGCUGUACUUCCUCAAGGGGCAGAUGAAGGCCAAGCGGUCGGACGUGCAGGCGGCCAACGGCUACCACUACCUCAUGGGCGUGCACAAGGAGGAGGAUGACAACUCGGCCGAGGAGGUCCUGGCGCACCACGAGAUGGAGCCGGCCGGCGUCUGCAGCACGCUGCGCGACUUGGGUGCGCGCGGCGUGAAGCGCUCCGCCAUCGACGAGGUGUUCGUGGACGACGAGGACUACCACUUCUUCCUGAGCCUGCUGCCGCACGUGCGCAGACUGGAGCCGGUGCGCAAGCUGCAGAUGAGGGCCAGGAUCCAGGACCUGGUGUGUCGCGAGGUGUACGGCGCGCAGCCUGAGGGGCAGGCCGGCCCGCACCGCGACCACCGCGACGCCCCCGAGCCCAUCACCGUCGCCGUGGCCUGGCCCCCGCAGAUGGGGGCCACUGAUUCCACUCUGUCUCUCUCAGUACCGUAA